AUAGAAAGGGAAGCCACAGCUAUUAUCGAAGCUGUACGUAAGUGGAGACUGUUUCUCAUCGGGAGGAGAUUCACCAUAGUAACCGACCAGCAAGCAGUGUCUUUCAUGUUCAAGAUGAAUCAUUCUUCUAAGAUCAAGAAUGACAAAAUAUUACGUUGGCGUUUAGAGCUAUCUGGUUACCAAUAUGACAUCCGGUAUCGUCCAGGUAAAGAUAAUGUUCUUUGCGACACACUGUCUCGAGCUUGUGCUAUCUCAGUUUCCAGUCCUGCUCCUCUUGAUGAAAUUCACGCCUCACUAUGUCAUCCCGGUGUGACUCGUCUGUAUAAUUUUGUGAGAUCUAAAAAUUUGGCCUACUCUCUGGAAGAUGUUAAAAGAAUUUGCUCACAAUGUACUAUUUGUUCAAUGUUAAAACCCAGAUUUUACAAGCCUCCUCCAGCUAAGCUUAUCCACUCUAUGCAACCCUUCGACAGAAUAUCUGUAGAUUUUAUAGGGCCAAAACCUUCAUGCUCAAAGAACAAAUACCUUCUUGUAGCUGUUGACGAAUACUCCAGGGCUGCCCCCCCCCCGCAACCCCCAACGGAACGCAAGGGAACGCGUAUAGCCAUACGGCCCAGUCCUUUCGCUUUUCCUUGCUCUGACAUGUCUGCUCUCACCGUCAUUUUAUGUCUCAAGAAACUCUUCACUAUGUUCGGCUGUCCAUCAUCUAUUCACUCAGACAGAGGUCCCCAGUUUAUGUCUAAGGAAAUUUGUAACUUUCUAAUGGAAAAUGGUAUAGUUUACACGCACUCCAGUCCAUACCAUCCGCAAGGUAACGGCCAAUGUGAAAGAGAAAACGGUAUUAUAUGGAAAGCAGUACAGUUGGCUCUCAGAUCGCAGAAACUCCCUGAUAUACUACGGCACGGUAGCUCAUGGGAAUCCGUUCUUGAUGUUGCCCUCCAUUCUAUAAGAUUACUCCUCUGUACAGCCACUAACCAGACUCCCCAUGAAAGGCUUUUCUCUUAUCAUAGAAAAUCAUGUAAUGGAUACUCCUUACCUUCCUGGCUGUCCUCGCCCGGCCCCACCCUGCUACGCAAGUUUGUUCGAAGCUUCAAGACCGAUCCUCUAGUGGAGCGCGUUGAGCUGGUCACCGCCACCCCGCACUACGCUCGAGUUCGCUACCAAGAUGGGAGGGAAAGCACAGUUUCCACUAGUGACCUGGCACCCUUCCCCAGGGACCAGUCGGCCCCGCAGAACGAACAGCAAUCACCAGCCGGAAUUCCUGACGCUCUGGGCUCUCCCUCCAAAGAUGCUGUGUACCACCCACCACUCACUGAACAAACACCGUCACCAGUUGCUGAUGCAAGAGACGAAGGCAAACAAGACUCACUUCAUCGGUCUAUUAGGAUCAAGAAACCUGUAGAUAGGCUAACAUAUUAUUAA